AUGCAUACGGAUGGAUCAAUUUAUGAAAAAAGUGGAGCGAAGAAGAAACCGGAAAUAGUGACUUAUUACAAUCAACAUAAAAUUGGUGUAGACAUGGUAGACAAAAUGUGUUCAGCGUACAAUGUCCAAAGAGGCACAAGAAGAUGGCCCAUGGUGAUAUUUUCCACCAUUCUGAAUGUUGCUGGUAUCAACAGCCAAGUCAUUUGUCUAGCGAAUGGAAAGAACAUGCCACGUCGCCGAGCUUUUCUCCGCCAACUCGGGAAUGAACUUAUCAGAGAUCAGUUGAUUAGGCGAUCGCAGCUCACAAACAUGCCACGCACCAUCACCUCACGUCUUCGAGAACUUCUCCCCCAUGAUCAAACACCACAGGCUUCAAGCACCUCUGCAGAUACUCAUGCCGAUUGA